GGCGCCCCUGCUCAGCCAUGACAGCGGGAACCCGCGGCCGCCGCCACCGGCAGUGCCCAGGGCCGCGGCUCUCGCCCGGGAGUGGCGGCCAGGACGCUGUCAUGCAGGACCCUACCCCGGAACUCGCCGAAGAGAGCCAGGCGGCGGCCUCUGCGGAGGGCGGCGGGGCCUCCUGUCUGCAGAGGGUGUUUGAGGAGGUGCAGGGCUCCUCGCAACUGAGCGCAGCGCCCGCGGAGCCACCGGCCGUGACGGUGGUGGCGGUGGAGCGGUACCUGGCGCAGGCGCCGCCCGCCGCCCCCCACCAAUAUUGGUACGACGUGACGCUCGCGGACGGCGCGCGCCGGCACCGCUGCCACCUCGCGCCGCGCCUCAACGGGCUUGUGCAGCGCGCGCGUCUGCGGGCGGGCACGCGCCUCCGCCUCACGCGCUGCUCGUACCGCUACGACGAGAAGCGCCUGAACCGCGGCUUCCUCUGCCUGGAGGGGCUGGAGCGGGCGGGGGGCACCGCCACCGCCGCCGCGGGUACCCUGCCUGACGGGCACCGCCCGCUCCAGCCCCUCCGCGGGGACAACAGGCACUACCUGCCGCUCUGGAACAACGAGGAUCCCUAUGGAGACGUAUGGGUGCCGGACAGGCCCCCGGCGCAGGUGGAUGUGGACGUCUCCAAACUGACUAAUCUUGGUCAUCUGGAAAUGACAUGGAGAAGCAGAGUGCAUUUCCAUCCACUUCUUGUGAGAAUCCUGCACAAAUCUAGACUAAGGUACUAUGGAAAACCAGAGAAAAAAAUGGAUAUGCCUUAUCAGGCCUACUUUGAAGUUGCUGAUGGUUCAGGCAUGAUGUCAAUGGUUUUGUGGAAUUCAUUGUGUCCUGAGUGGUAUCACAGUAUGAAGGUUGGCACAGUGCUCCUCCUUGACAAGUAUACCAUCAAAACCAGUUACCCGUUUAAAACACACCCCACCCCAGGGGAUUCACAGAUGAAGAGAUUUGCUACAAUUGAAAUUAGCCUUAAUGUUCGAGAUCCUCCUACUGAAAUAAGUAUUAUUCCAGAAGAAAUGGUUAAGCCAGAGUGGGGAUUGCCUGAAGUUAAAUAUCGGUUUAUCACAAGGUCAGAACUGGAUGACUUACCAAACAAUCAUUCCUGUGAUGUUAUUGGUCUUGUGACGUUUGUAGGAAGGGCUGAGCGAGCCAGAAAAAGAGAACACAGUGAAGACUUCUGGCUCUAUCGUUGGGCACAUGCCAUUGAUGGGACCUCAGACCAACCAUUCAUACUGGAAUUGUUUGCAACUUCUCAGCCAGAUGUGUUUGAGCAUAUUCAUCCAAUGACAUACUUGGUGUGUACACAGAUGAGGGUGAUCCAGGACCUCACUGAGAAUCCUUCCAGGACAGUUUACCUUACGACUUCAAAUGAAAGUCAAAUAUUCAUUACAGGGUGGCACAAGGGCCAGCCAUACACCAAGGAUGCCAAAGUGAAAAACUUCAUUCAGUGGAUGAAAUCGCAAAGUGAAGCUGAUCAAAUAAAGAAAACUGUCAUCGGUGGCUAUUACCCUUUUCCACGACCUCCUGAUAGCUUUUUGAAAUACUGUAAAAACAAUGAAGUUGAAUCAAUUUUGAAACCCAUAGGUGAAAUAGGGAAAGAGAUUGAAGACCUGCACUACAGAGAACACAAGCGAAUUGCUGUUCAGGGAAUAAUUAGUGCCAUAAGAUACAUAAGCUGUAGAGAUGCAGCUGAAGAAGCCCCAGGAGGGGAACUUGUCCAGCAAGAUACUUCUCAAUCUCUUGGAAGUUCUUCUGUGUCCAAAGAAGACUGUGUUGACAAGGGAAAAAAUGAAGAAGUUAAGUCUUUCCUGGGGCCACCCUGCACUCCUGGGGAACAUCAGCACCAAGCUCUGCUGUCAAAGGGGAGUUCAGUCAAGAGAAAGACACCACACAGAUUCAGUAGAGAUGCAGAACAGGGAGGUACAUCUGUUAGUCCUGUAUCAUCUUACCCCUAUUUUACGCGGACUGUAAGAAGAAAACUUGGCUUGGAUGAAUAUCAACAUGGACAUACUGUGCAAGAUAAAAGUGGACAGGCUGUGUCAGACAGUUUGCGGUACUGCACAGACCAAGAAGGAGUGAGUGAUAUACCUGAAACUGAAGAGACUGGAAGAACUUGUGAUUCCUGGCAGAGUGACCUGUGGGCACAAGUGAAAGACAAGUUAAUGAAUUAUUUUCAUCACAGCAAAAUUUUCCCAGAAAGUAUCCCAUGUAAAUUUGAUUAUGUGCACAAAGACUUACUUAUGCAACAGUACAACCUUCAUGCAGCAGUGCACCAGCCAACAGAAGCCAGGACAGAUAAAAACAUCAGUGAGUUUAAAAGUGCUAAUGGCCUUGGGUAUUACGAAGUGACAGUUCUGGGUAUAAACCAUGACAUAGCAAUAGAUGUUGCUUUUCUUCCACUGUUUUGCCCUGACAAUCCCCACUUAUUUCAACUAGAAGACGUUCAGAAUGAUACAUUAUUGUCUUGUAUGAGUUGUAUCACUGCACGCCAGCAGAAGGCUACUAGCAGUGGGAGGCUUCGUGACACAUUUCCUCUUUCAGAUGAAAUUGUAAAAGCAGCGAAGGAACUCGAUGGCAAACAUGUUAUCUGCAUCUUGGACAUCUGUCACUUGGGUGAUGAUAAGGUGGAAGUCUUUCUGAGCAAAAUCUACAAGACAGUGGAACCGGGUGUACUGGAUCCAGUGUAAUUUAAAACUUACUUUUCAAAUGUAUAUUGUUCAAAAGGAGGGAAAUAAAAUUGCUGUAACUUGAAUACACCCUCUACACAUUGCACUUUUCUAGAACUAGCAGAAACAUAUAUAAAAUCAUGAUUCUUAGGGCAGUUGUAAUGGUCAUUCAUGUAAGUGGGAAGGACAAUUGUUGCCUUUAUUGUUCAGUCUUGAAACAGAUUAGACCAUGUUUUGGUCACUGAUGUUCAAGAAGGAUGAAUUGGCAGUACAGUGAACUGGUCAUUUGGCAGGAUUCCAAGGAGUAAAAGUGAUUGUCAGCUGUGCACAAACAUACACAGGAAAUGUAUGUAUCUGGAUGAGAACUGAGAAGAGAGGCAAGCUUUCCUAAUAUUUAAGGCAGUGUUUGCAAAAGAAUUAACUGGCUGUGAUAAAAAUUUAGGCUGGAAAUUAGAAUAACUUUGAGGAUUAGAAUUUUUAUGUUCUGUAAUGAUCUUUUUUAGUGAAAGCUACCAGAGGCAGCCUAACUGCUCUUUAGGCUUGAAGCUUACUGUGAAAGGGAUUAAAUACCAUGAUGCCUUUAGUACCAUGAUCCAGGAAACCACUUUCAGUUCUUUUCACCUGAGCAAGGUCAGGUGCUAUGUCUUUAUAUGUCUGCUUUUGUACACAGAGUGUUAGGUAGUGAGUAUAGCAUCCAAAAGUUUUUAACAUAGUUUAUUCAUUAAUAAGAGUAAUGAAAUAUUUUUAAAAGAAAAAUUUUUAUUGGAACUUGCUUCUAGCUUUUCAAGAGAAAAACUGUCUUUAAGAAGCGCUAAUUAUGGCAGGAUACAUGGUUUGCCACAUCAUUUUUAGAUGUAUUCUGAGUAUAUGAAGGAGUUCAGCAACUAUGAGAAGCUGCUACUUCCGUAAGAGCAAAAGACUGGAAAAUUCUGCCAACUUUUUGCCUGUACUAAGGAGCAACUGGCUCCUGCUGGUUCAGAAUCAAGUAGCACAUUUUUCUCCUAUGUUAAACAGCCUCAAAUCACAUAAAGAGCUGGAUUCUUACGAAAUUAUUUUCAAGCAGAAGCUUAUUGCAGUUUGGCUACUUGUCCAGUUGAAAUGCUGCUCCCAAUUCAAUUCUUGGAGAAGAAAGAAUUACGGAGACUUGCCAGGUAAAUUGUACCAAAAUUGACCAAAGCCCACGGAGUUAAUUUAUAGGAACAGAUAGAUUCUUAGGCACAUUUUAGCAGCCUGUUGGUAAUUGGAGAUUACCUCUUUCAACUAGUAGCUCACUUGUCUGCCCUGGGGACAGUGGACUUAGUCCUCAAGUACUUGAAGUCUGUUCCCUGUCUUCAGUUAAUGGUAAUUUGCCAGAGAAAUGUAACUGAUUUUGUUACAUACAAGUUCACAGGCAACUUCAGCUAAAAAGUAAUGAAAUUAAUUAAAUUAUUGUGUCUUUCUAGUGUAGUUUACAGUUUAAAAAUAUAUUGAGGAGAGUCGUUUAACUUAAAUUGCACAGGGACUGAAAGUCAAUUAAAUGUGACUGUGUUGUAUCUGUGUUUUAUAUGAAUCAGAAGUAUUAGUUCUGGAGCAAUGUUUGUCAACUCAUGCCUUUCAGAGUACCCGCAGAAGGCAAAAUGAAAAGAUACCAACCCAGGAAGAGUAGGGUGUUGCUUGCAGUAUUAUUUGUGUCAUUGUGUUGCUUAUGGAUAUGUGAAGGUGAGAGGUCAUUGCUCUGGAGUGAGAGUCACACAGCACUUCAUGUUCCAAACUGAGCCAUGCUGACUGUGUCAGCCAAUGUUUUUUAUUUACGUAUACUUCAGAUCGAAGUCUAAUUUUAAUGAAAUUGUUCUUUCUUAAGGCAAUUUUUAAAGGAAUUAUCUUUGUAUAAAAGGACUGAUGUGGCUGACAUUGUCACAGAGCCACGUUGUUGAGAUGGUCCAGCCACCUCCCUCCAUCCCAUGCCAUAGAAAUGCAGCCAAAGGCUGUUUGUGGCAUUGCACUGCUUAGGACACUUUAAACAUAUAGCAUUAAUAAUUUCAUCUUAUAUGUUAGGACUUCCUAACUCUAAAAGAAAUGUUAGAAUUGUGUGGAAUAUAGAUAAUGUCUUUAAAACAUUAAAGGAUAUAAUUUUAUGUUACACAAGUGUUAGAAAUUUUUCAUGUCAUAAGUUGGGAAGGAGAGAUAUUUACUCUUGCUGAAUGGGGUGCCAGUGUUGGAAGCACAGGCUUUCUGUGUGCAGCUGGUGAAUAUCCAAUGCCUGUAGUAGACUUGGAAUUCUACUGCUCUGGAUCAAUCUGUAGAGUCACUCACUAUCCUGCUAAGUAACACUGAACUUAAUAUGUGUUGCAGUGUUACUGUGAUUCUACUGCUCUGCUGUCUCCCUCUUCCCUGCCAAUCCAGCACUGUCAGACUGGAACAAAGGUCCUCUCUGCAAAGAAACCACUUGCUGUUUUACUUCAUUUGGUGUUUAUUAACACAAGUGUAAAACCAAUGUAUUUUUGAUCUUGAGUCUGUCAAAUCAUGCUAGUUUUGCCAUGUUAAGCUAAGAUACAGUCAUGACUCCUGUAAAAUAUCAUAGGAAUCACCUUUCUUGCUGCUGUGUAUUGCUACUGCUGAGGGUAAAAUACUAUCAGAGUACAUUCCUUAACUGUGGAAAUUGUACCUGACCAAAGAACUGUACUUUAAAACCUUACAUGUACAUGUUUCUUAUGUUUUCAGCAUUAAUUUUAAAGAAUGGAGGAAGGUAGAGCAUAUGUAGUUAGUGAUACUUUUGAGUGUAUAAAAGUUGCUAAGUCAUAGAUCAUAAAGAUAAUAUUAAUUUUGAAUUAAUAUGAUGUAGAAGUUGUGCAACACUGAAAAGCAGAGAAUAUAAAUAAAUGAAUUAAUAUAUGUAAACAUC